GCCGCGCGAUCACGCUCCAGGUCUCUUGCCUCCCGUUUCCUCCUCCCGGGCGCCACCGGGGCCGGGUCAGCUCCGAGGAGGCCAGCUCAGGCCCAUCCCUUCGGCGCCACCUCUACUCCCCCGGCCGCCUCUGCCGGCACACACACCCCCAAAGUCGGAAGCUUGAACUUGGGGAGCGAUUGCGGGCAGGCCAAGCGAGAGCCGCGGGAAGGGGGUGUGCUGCGGGGUGGCCGUAGCCUCAGGCUGCCCCAGAGGGGGCCGGCCAAGGACCCGCGGCGCUCCGAGGGCCCAUCGGACACCCGGCCUUCCUCUCCUGGAGGACCUCUCCCUCCUCCCCUCCGGGAGCCGGCCGCCGCGCCGGGCGUUUUCCUCCUCCGAGGGCUCGAGGCGCCCUUCCGCGCGUCCUCGCCGAGGGAGGGGGCGUGAGAAGAGAAGCGGGCGGUGCUGGGGUGUCCCUGCGGGGCUCUCGGCGCCCGCCUUGGGCAUGCGGGGUGGGCUUCACGUCUCGGCCCCUUGGCGGCCGGGCGCGGGGGACGCGAGCUCACGCCGCGCGCCUGCCCCUCUCUCCGCAGCGCCGGCGGGCGGACGGGCCGGGAGCCGCGAGCCCAUGGAGGGUCUGGGCCGUUCGUGCCUGUGGCUGCGGCGGGAGCUGUCGCCCCCGCGGCCUCGGCUGCUGCUCCUCGACUGCAGAAGCCGCGAGCUGUACGAGUCGGCGCGCAUCGGCGGGGCGCUGAGCGUGGCCCUGCCCGCGCUGCUGCUGCGCCGCCUGCGGCGGGGGGCCCUGUCGGUUCGCGCGCUGCUGCCCGGGCCGCCGCUGCAGCCGCCCCCGCCCGCCCCGGUGCUUCUGUACGACCAGGGCGGGGGCCGGCACCGGCGCGGGGAGGCGGACGCUGACGAGUGGGAGGCCGACUCCGUGCUCGGCACCCUGCUGCAGAAGCUGCGCGAGGAAGGCUACCUGGCAUACUACCUCCAGGGUGGCUUCAGCAGAUUCCAGGCAGAGUGCCCCCACCUGUGUGAGACCAGCCUCAGCAGCCGGGGUGGCCCAAGCACAGCCCCAGUGCCUAGCCCAGUGGUGGGGCUGGGCGGCCUGUGCUUGGGCUCGGACUACUCUGAUGCGGAAUCCGAGCCUGACCGCGACUCCAUGAGCUGUGGCCUGGAUUCGGAGGGUGCCACGCCGCCCCCAGGGGGGCUGCUGCCAUCCUUCCCUGUCCAGAUCCUGCCCAACCUCUACCUGGGCAGUGCCCGGGAUUCGGCCAACGUGGAGAGCUUGGCCAAGCUGGGCAUCCGCUACAUCCUCAACGUCACCCCCAACCUGCCUAACGUCUUCGAGAAGAACGGCGAGUUUCACUACAAACAGAUCCCCAUCUCCGACCACUGGAGCCAGAACCUGUCCCAGUUCUUUCCUGAGGCCAUCGCGUUCAUUGAUGAGGCCUUGUCGCAGAACUGCGGGGUGCUCGUUCACUGCCUGGCAGGCGUCAGCCGCUCUGUCACCGUCACUGUGGCCUACCUCAUGCAGAAGCGCCACCUCUCACUCAACGAUGCCUACGACCUGGUCAAGAGGAAGAAGUCUAACAUCUCACCCAACUUCAACUUCAUGGGGCAGCUGCUAGACUUCGAGCGGAGCCUGCGGCUGGAGGAGAGGCGCGCCCGUGAACGCAGCAGCGGGGGGCAGGAGUCGGCCGCCUCCGACCCACCGUCCUUCUUCACCACCCCCACCAGCGACGGUGUCUUUGAGCUGGACCCCACAUAGGGCGCCGUUCCACCCCCCCCAUGGGUGCC